AUGGCACCUCGAACUCUUCUGGAAUUCCUGUCCCCCAACGAGAGUCAGCUCUUCCCUGAAAACUCCACAUCCUGUGAAAAUGCUCAAGGAGCCUGGGACCUGCUACACAUGGUGCUGCCCAUGCUCAUCAUCAUCAUCUUCAUCGCUGGCCUCUUAGGAAACUUCUUCGUCUUGUCUGUCUUCCUCCUGCCCCGGUGGCGUCUGAACGUGCCAGAAAUCUACUUGGUCAACCUGGCAGCAUCGGACCUGGUAUUUGUCCUGGGCUUACCCUUCUGGGCUGAGAACAUCUGGAACCAUUUCAACUGGCCUUUCGGGGUCAUUCUCUGUCGUGUGGUGAAUGGUGUCAUCAAAGCCAACUUGUUUGUCAGUAUCUUCCUGGUGGUGGCCAUCAGUCAGGACCGCUACCAGGUGCUGGUGUACCCCAUGGACAGCUGGAGGCGACAAGGGCGGCGACUACAGGCUCAGGUCACCUGUGUCCUCAUCUGGGUCUUGGGGGCCCUCUUGAGUGUCCCCACAUUCCUGCUUCGAGCCAUCAGUCCUAUGCCUGAUCUGAACAUCUCAGCCUGUGUGUUACAGCUCCCCAGUGAGCACUGGGCCUGGUAUGUUGCGAGGAUGGUGGAGUUGAAUGUCCUGGGCUUCCUUCUGCCACUGGCUGCCAUUGUCUUCUACAACUACCACAUCCUGGCUGCCCUGCACAGGCAAGUGGAGGUCCACAGGACACGGUGGGGUGCCCCCACAGAUGGAAAGACCACAGCACUGCUCCUCACACUAGUGGCCACCUUCCUGGUCUGCUGGGCCCCUUACCACUUCUUUGCAUUCCUGGAAUUCCUCUUCCGGGUGCAAACCCUCCAAGGCUGCUUCUGGGAGAACUUCUUAGACCUGGGCCUGCAAUAUGCCAACUUCUUUGCUUUCAUCAAUAGUUGCCUGAAUCCAGUAAUCUAUGUCUUCAUGGGCCAGCUUUUCAGGACCAAGGUCCGGGAGCUUUAUAGGCAGUAUACUCCCAGAAGUUCCACUCCCACAUCUUCCACUCAUCGGAAAGAGGUCCUCCAAUGUUUCUGGAGGAUUUGA